AGACGACUAUCAUUUAAUCACAUAGUGUUGGGAAUUGAGACCUCAUGUGAUGAAACAGCUGAAGACUCAUCUAUCAAAUGGUGGGAUAAUCCCUCCCGUGGCCCGAGUCUUACACCAAGAAUGCAUUGAUGAUUGUGUUCGUCAGGCCCUACAACAAGCAAGUGUUAGUCCCGCAAACUUGUCCGCCAUUGCCGUCACUUUAAGACCAGGUUUGCCGACAUCUCUAAUAAUCGGCAAGAAUUACGCCAAAGCAUUAGCCAUCAAGUAUUCAUUGCCAGUGAUUCCCAUCCAUCACAUGGAAGCACACGCUUUGAUGGCAACCAUUGAUAACGACAUUAACUUUCCAUUCGUUACUCUUCUUAUAUCUGGCGGUCACUGUCUUCUGGCAAUUGUCAGAAAUAUUAACAAAUUUGAACUCUUAGGCAAUACACAAGAUAUAGCACCGGGAGAUCUCAUGGAUAAGAUUUCUCGUCGAUUAAGACUCAAAAAUUUCGGCCAACCAUAUAAUGAGAUCAGUGGCGGUGCGGCUCUUGAGUUGUGCGCCAAAACUGGCAAUCCUUUCGAGUAUUUCACUGAUGUGAACAAAUAUCCGACGUAUACUUCACUCAACCGAAACUGUGGUUUUAGUUUUAGUGGUUUUGAAACAAUGACUAUUAGAUUAAUAGAGCGUUUGGAAAAAGAGACGGACAUAGAGCCCGAUCGGGUGUUACCGCAGGCCAACAAUAUUUGUGCUUCACUUCAAUACGCCAUAACUUUUAUGUUUAUUAAGAGACUUCAGAGAGCAUUCAUUUUUAUUAGAGAUAAUAAUUUGUUUGAUAACAAACCAAUAAAACUUGUAAUCAGUGGCGGAUGUGCUUCCAAUCAGUUUAUCACUGAUUGUAUCAGAAAUUAUUGUCAAACUGAAGACAUUGAAGUGAUUGUUCCGCAUAAAAGAUUAUGCGGUGAUAAUGGCGUUAUGAUUGCAUGGAAUGGUAUCUUAAAACUGGUUAACGAAAACAAGUUUUCCGAUUCAAUAAUUAGAUCUAUGGAUAGCAUCAAAAAGAUUGAUAUUUUAGCGAAAGCACCGUUUGGUGAGGAUAUCAGUAAUCUAUUAAUUUCACAACACAUCAAAUGCGAUACAAUUGAUGUGAAAAAGUUUAUAAAACUAACAUAA